AUGUCUUUCUCUCAGGUGCCGGUCCGCGCCCGCUUCCUUGUGCCCUUCGUCGCCAUGCCUCGCAAAAUUGAGGAAAUCAAGGACUUUCUGCUCACUGCCAGGCGGAAGGAUGCCAAAUCCCAGAGUGGAGCCCUGGGGGCCUUGGCCCUCAGCCACUUGGGUGGCGAGGGUCACGAGGAAUGGUCGCUGCUGUUCCUGGGGCUGGUGGCCGCCGUGGGCCUGGCACUGAACCUCAUCUUCCUUGCGGUUUACCUGGUCUGCUUGUGCUGCUGCCGGAGAGACGAUGGGACACAGAGCAAGCAGCGCAGCUCCUGCCGCGUCACCUGGACGGCUGUGGUGGCCGGGCUCAUCUGCUGUGCUGCGGUCGGCAUUGGCUUCUAUGGAAACAGAGAGACCAACGAUGGGGUGUACCAGCUGAUCUACUCCUUGGACAAUGCCAACCACACCUUCUCUGGGAUCGAUGCUGUGGUGUCUGGAAUCACCCAGAAGAUGCAUCUGGACUUGGAGCAGCACCUGGCCCGGCUCAAUGAGAUCUUCGCGGCCCGCGGUGACUACAUUCAGACUCUGAAGUUCAUGCAGCAGAUGGCUGGUAAUAUCAUGACCCAGCUCUCGAGACUGCCUGUGUGGAGGGACGUCACCACCGAGCUGACCGAAGUGGCCAACGAGACCAGCUAUGUGGAAUACUACAGGUGGCUCUCCUACCUGCUGCUGUUCCUCCUGGACGUGGUCAUCUGCCUUAUCGCCUGCCUGGGGCUGGCCAAGCGUUCCAGGUGUCUGCUGGCCACGAUGCUGUGCUGUGGGGUGUUGACCCUGCUCCUCAGCUGGGCUUCGCUGGCUGCAGAUGUCGCCGCUGCUGUGGGCACCAGCGACUUCUGUGUGGCUCCCGACGUCUUCAUCCUGAACGUCACGCAGGGUCAGAUCAGCACAGAGGUGACCCGCUACUACCUGUACUGCAGCCAGACCGGGAGCAGUCCCUUCCAACAGGUGCUGACUAUCCUCCAGCGCUCACUGACAGCCCUGCAGACCCAGGGUGCCCAGCUGCUGCGGCUGGCCGUGCCCCUCUUCCCCACGGCAGAGAAAGAUCUGCUGGCGAUCCAGCUCCUGCUGAACUCGUCUGAGACCAGCCUUCACCAGCUGACGGCCCUGCUGAACUGCCACGGGCUGCACAAGGACUACCUGGACGCCCUCACUGGCAUCUGCUACGAUGGCAUGGAGGGACUGCUCUACCUCGGCCUCUUCUCCCUCCUGGCCGCCCUGGCCUUCUCCACCAUGAUCUGCGCAGGGCCGCGGGCCUGGAAGCACUUGACCACCAGGGACAGGGACUACGGCGACAUCGAUGACGAUGACCCCUUUAACCCCCAGGCCCGGCGCAUCGCCACCCACAAUCCCCCGCGGGGGCCCCUUCACAGCUUCUGCAGUUACAGCAGCGGCCUGGGCAGCCAGACCAGCCUGCAGCCCCCGGCCCAGACCAUCUCCAAUGCCCCUGUCUCCGAGUACAUGAACCAAGCUGCGCUCUUCGGUGGGAACCCCCGCUACGAGAAUGUGCCACUCAUCGGAAGAGGCUCCCCGCCUCCUACGUACUCCCCCAGCAUGAGGGCCACCUACAUGUCAGUGGCGGAUGAGCACCUGAGGCACUACGGGACCGAGUUUCCAGCCUAAUGACUCCUGGGGCUUCCAGCCUCCU